CUUUGCAGCAGCUACUGGAACCUCGCCUGGCCUGGUAGCUGCAGUUAGAUCUGACUCGUAGCAGCAGCCCAGGAACAGAAGAAAGCAGGUGAAAGGAGUCAGUUUCGAACACUGUUUUGCAGGCAUACAGAACUGAAAACAACGGAAGUGGUAGCAAAAAGAUGGAAAAUAGCAUAACCACAAUUUCCCGUGAAGAACUGGAAGAAUUAAAAGAAGCAUUCAGUAAAAUAGAUAUAGACAACAGUGGAUAUGUCAGUGAUUAUGAACUUCAAGACCUUUUCAAAGAAGCAAGCGUUCCUCUGCCUGGAUACAAAAUACGAGAAAUUGUAGAAAAAAUUAUAGCUGUUACAGAUAACAACAAAGAUGGCAAAAUCAACUUUGAAGAAUUUGUAACAGUUAUCCAAGAAUUAAAAAGUAAUGAUAUUAGCAAAACAUUCCGAAAAUCAAUAAACAAAAAAAAGGGAAUUACUGCAAUUGGAGGAACAUCCCCCAUUUCCAGUGAGGGGACCCAGCACUCUUACUCAGAGGAAGAAAAGGUUGCUUUUGUUAACUGGAUAAAUAAAGCUCUGCAAGCCGACCCUGACUGUAAACAUCUUCUCCCCAUGGAUCCAACAGAUGGCAGUCUUUUUAAGUCACUUGCUGAUGGCAUCCUCCUUUGCAAAAUGAUAAACUUAUCCCAACCAGAUACAAUUGAUGAAAGAGUCAUUAAUAAGAAGAAGCUUACUCCAUUUACUAUCUCUGAAAAUCUAGAUCUUGCACUGAAUUCUGCAUCAGCUAUUGGUUGUACAGUAGUGAAUAUUGGAUCACAAGAUCUAAAAGAAGGGAAACCGCAUUUGGUAUUAGGACUGUUGUGGCAAAUUAUUAAGGUUGGGCUUUUUGCAGAUAUAGAAAUCUCCAGAAAUGAAGCUCUUAUUGGUUUACUAAGCGAUGGUGAAGAAUUAGAACAAUUAAUUAAACUAUCUCCAGAAGACCUCCUGCUGCGCUGGGUUAACUACCAUUUGGACAAUGCUGAAUCGAAGAGAAUAAAUAACUUUAGUCAAGAUAUAAAGGAUUCAAAAGCGUACUACCACCUGCUUAAGCAAAUUGCACCUAAAGGAGACAGCAGUGAGGAGACUGCCAUUGACAUAGAUCUUUCAGGUUUCAAUGAGAACAGUGAUCUGAAGAGGGCUGAAUAUAUGCUUCAACAAGCAGAGAAACUGGGCUGCAAACAGUUUGUGACUCCAGCAGAUGUAGUUGCAGGCAACCCUAAACUUAACAUGGCUUUUGUUGCAAAUCUCUUUAACACAUAUCCUGCCCUGCACAAGCCUGAAAGCACUUCUUAUGAUGUCAAUUUGUUAGAAGGAGAAAGUAAGGAAGAAAGGACAUUCCGAAACUGGAUGAACUCUUUGGGUGUAAGCCCUUAUAUUAACCACUUGUACAGUGACCUUGCUGAUGCGUUAGUAAUCUUCCAGCUCUAUGAAAUGAUACGUGUACCAGUUCAGUGGAAUCAUGUGAACAAACCACCGUAUCCUGCACUUGGAGGAAACAUGAAAAAGAUUGAAAACUGUAACUAUGCAGUGGAACUGGGAAAGACAAAAGCCAGAUUUUCCUUAGUUGGCAUUGGUGGACAGGACCUCAACGAAGGCCACCCAACACUGACAUUGGCACUAGUGUGGCAGUUAAUGAGAAGGUACACUUUGAAUGUACUGUCAGACAUUGGAGAGGGAGAGAAAAUGAAAAUAAAUGAUGAAACUAUUAUUAAAUGGGUGAAUCAAACUCUUGCUAAUUCAAACAAGAGCACUACAAUAACUAGCUUCAAGGAUAAAUCUAUUAGCACCAGUUUACCUGUGAUAGAUUUAAUAGAUGCAAUCGCACCAAAAGCUAUUCAUCCAGAAAUGGUCAAGAGAGAAAAUCAUUCUGAAACAGACAAGCUGAAUAACGCUAAAUAUGCUAUUUCAGUUGCUCGAAAAAUCGGUGCUUGUAUAUAUGCCCUACCGGAUGACUUAGUAGAAGUGAAGCCAAAAAUGGUUAUGACAGUAUUUGCAUGCUUGAUGGCAAGAGGACUGAACAGAAUAAAAUAAAGAUUACUUUUUUCACAUUUUCUGCCAUGAUCAACAUAAUGAAUGCCUCACUGUUUACAGACUAAUUACAUUAAGUAGCUGUAAAACCAGAGAUAAUUUAUAUGCACAAAUGUGAAAAUGUAUAGAGAGAUUAUUUACCUAACUCAAUUGUUUAUACUUAAGGUUUCAUCUGGAAAAAAUUUGUAUUAUGUUAGUAAUUUGUGAGGUAAAAUUGUAAAGCAGUAAUCAUCAUGUUAAGAUUACUGCACGGCUGGAUCAACAUUUUUUUGAAGGGGGGAAAAAGUACAAAAUGAUGCCCCCAUAUGUAAUCAACAUAUAUGAUAUACAUGUGUAAUCAUCAUCUCUGUUAAACAAUAGAAUAAACUGUGUUGACCUGUAUGAUCACAACUCAUACCAGAGCAGUAGGAACUGCAAGGUAGGUGCAACCACAACAGAAAGGACAGAAAGGACAGGCACCCUGGAGACUGGAAAGCUAGAAAUACAUGACCGGAGAAUGCAGUGAAACAUGAUGUUACCUAUAAUAAACAGCAUAAUAAAAAUGUACAUAAAAUCAGAGAAUAAUGGGGGGGGGGGGGGAAGCAUAAUAUGAAUACUUCUCUUAAUCCUGCUGGCGUCAAUGUUAUAUUUAUAUUAUGGGAAUGCCUUUCUGAACAAUUACACUUUAUGCACCUUGAUUCCUCCUCCCACCCACCCCAUUGGGUAAACCUUGAAGGAGCCAGCUCUCCAGAAACAUGCCCAGCAAAGACCAGGGGACUGGAACCACUUCCAAACUGGAGGAAGUCCGUGACUGAACAGCAGAGAAAGCGGAGCCAACUCCUAAGAUCCAGGCAGCACUGGAAUUCUGCAGGGGUGGGUUCAACCUUCUGCCUGAAGAAGUAAGAUUCUCCUCCUCUCAUGUGAUGGUGUUGAAAAGUCCUCGUCUGACUGUGACCCUGAGACCCUGGCCAAGCACAGUUCAGUUCAGACAUCCCAGGAAGACUUCACACUGCGGUCUCUUUUUAAGAAAUCAAACACACUGAAGGCAAUAGCUUACUGGCUCCCAUUACCUGAUCAGUGGCUGUUGCUUCUUCUGUCACCACUACCUUUUUGCUUGCUGUUUGGAACAGCUGCUACCUUCACUUCUCCUAGUUCCAAAUAGCAUGUAGACUGUUUUUUAGUGCACAAAUCAUCAUGAUUUUACAAUGCUAUUUUAGAAGCUGCUGGGAAAUUAAGAUUUUAUCUCUGUACAUACUAACCCAUGGCCUUAUGAAUGAAAGGUCUUGAAAGUCUGAUUUCAUUCCGCCGCUAUUACGUUAAUUCAAAUCCCCAAAGGUCAAAGUCCAUGCCUUAUAAUAAAGGACUGCCAAAUUCUUAUCAACAUUAUGGCUUCAAACCUGGUUUAAUUAAAUUAACCAACUAAAGUGUUAGCUUAUUGAUCAGCAGUACCUCAUUUUAGCUGGCAAAGAUGAAUUUCAUGUGAUGGACUUGCUUGCAAAAUUUUAGGGUAUUUUUAUUUUAUUAUACUGCAGUACUAGGAAAUGAAAAAGAGAAUACUAAAGAUGGCCUUGCAGCAAUUAGAAUUAGAGCGGCCGAAACCUGCAUGCUAUUCCUGAUUAAAAGACUGGGACUGGAUCAUGGGUAUCUGAACUCCCUGAGUUCAGUCCCGCUCCUUUCAAGCAUGAAUUCUCUAAUUUGUUCCUGCCUAGCCUUAUCCAUGGUUAAUAAUAGGCUCUUCUACAUUUUCAUUUUCCUUGUUUGUGUGUCCCUAUCAUUUUGUGUGUGUUUUUUCCCUUUAGUGGUUUGUUUGAUAUUACAUCUUUACGUCCAGGAUAUUUUCCUGAAGUUUACAAUGUAAUAUUGAAUCGACCACUGGAGGGAGCAAAAUGCACACAGAAAACAAAACGAACCCCAACUCAAUUGUUAACUUCUGUUAACUAUCAUUAAUAUCAACCAAUGUUUUUUUGUUAAAAUCAAGAUUGGAAAUGAGGGUAAGAAGUUGGCUUUUAAAGAUGCUAGUGUUAAUAUAAGAGACUGAACACCACUGAAACUUAUGAGACAGGGCAGUUCCCACUUUAGAGAAGAGACGCUUGAGGAGGGAUAAGCUAACCCAUAGACUGCCUCUAUCUUUUAACUUUCAGGAAUAGGCUACAUUCCUGAACUAGCUCCUAAGAGGGUAGCUGUAGUUUAGUAAAUCAUAUAUUAACUUUUAUUUUUAGCAUACAUGCACAAAAAGUAUUGAGGAUAGUUUGCAAAUGUAUUUAUAUUUAAUAAAUUAAUAUUUGAUUCGUCCAAAAAUUAUUGUUGGUAACCCGGCUAUUAAAACAAGAAUUUGCAAUUUUCUCAAAUUAAUUGUCUUGAAUCUGGCUAUGUCCUCUUCUAGAAUUUUUUUUUGUAUUGAUUUUCUGCAAUAUAGAACUUCUUGAAUGUAUUUUGAUUUUUUUUAAAAAAAACUAUAAUAGUUUUUUCUUUGAACAAUCACAAUGUUUAUAGAGUGUGGUCUAGAAUAAGCCUAAAUAAACACAAGUUGAAGAAUGGUAACAUGACAAAGUUUAUGUAGUAAACCUUGCAAUAAGUGUAAAUAACUGACUCUUAAAAUUAUUACACUGAAAAGCAAUAAAGCAAGAUAGCAAGUUCA